AACGCGAAUCUUCUUUCAUUUAGACGAUAUAGACUUUUGUAAAUUGCUUAGAGGUUUUUUGGAGCGCGUCUCGCCCUGGAGCGCUACACCAUGCUCUCCCACGCCGACCUCCUGGACGCUCGGCUCGGUGAGUUAUCAUCGCCAAACUCCGGUCUUCAACUCUACUGGAUGAAGGAUGCUGCGGAGCUGCUUGGGCAUCGGGAGGCUCUGAAGUGCCGGCUGGGUAGCGGUGUGACAGAUCAGGGACACCCGGGCAACAUGGCCCCUGGCCCGGACACUGUGGAGGGGACCACCAUGCUUCCCGGGGACGACAUCACUAAUGUCGGAUCCAACCAGCAAGUCAUGCCGGUGAACAACAAGGAACCAGAGAAACAGCAGCAACAGCAAAGCUCUAACCAGACUGCAAACCAGCAGAAACAGAAGCGGCACAGGACGCGCUUUACCCCUGCGCAGCUCAACGAGUUAGAACGCAGCUUCGCUAAGACCCACUAUCCAGAUAUCUUCAUGCGAGAGGAACUGGCGCUAAGGAUUGGCCUCACAGAAUCUCGAGUGCAGGUCUGGUUCCAGAACCGACGUGCCAAAUGGAAGAAACGCAAGAAGACCACCAACGUGUUCCGCUCCCCCGGGACUCUGCUCCCCACACAUGGCCUGCCUCAGUUCUCGGCCGCGGCCGCCAUGGAGAACAGCCUCUGUUCCUUUCACGCCAACGACUCCCGUUGGGCCACCGGGAUGCACGGGGUGUCCCAGCUGCAGCUGCCUCCGGCCCUGGGCCGCCAACAGGCCAUGGCACAGUCCCUCUCCCAGUGCAGCCUUGGGACCGGUCCAUCACACAACUCAAUGGGCCUUUCCAACGGCUUGUCCUCCAACGGCUCCGGAAUGCAGUCCCAUCUUUACCAGCCGCCUUUUGCUGGAAUGUCCGCCUCACUCUCCGGGCCCACAAAUGUAUCGGGCUCGUCCCAGCUCUGUAGUUCUCCGGAAAAUGAUGUUUGGAGAGGGACCAGCAUUGCAGCGCUGCGACGCAAAGCGCUCGAGCACACAGUGUCAAUGAGUUUCACCUAGUGACGUUUCAAGAUGUCCCCCCUGUGGUUCUUCAGUUGUAAACCCUGUCAGUCUGGUGAGAAACAAGAAGACCAGUUAACUCAGGACGUGGUAUGUUCCGGGGAAAGAGCAAACGAAAGAGAAAGAGAGAGAGAGAGACAGACAGAGAGAGAGCUGAGAAACUGACUAAAGUUCAACUUAUUGUUCAGACGACGCCACCAAAACCUGGAUAAGAUUGUAGAGACGAUGAGACCAUGUUCGAGGGUAUCGAUUUAUCUCGUUUUCCGAAGUUCAUCUACUGAAAAAUCUAUAGUGGUUAUUUUGCGAUUUAUUGAAACCAAACAAUUGUUGUGUUUUUUGUUUUCUUGACUGUGUUGCGCGCGUUAGGAAAGUAUUUAUAUAAAAGUUGUUCAGGUGAAAUUGUUUUAUGUUAUGUCUAAAAUCAGUGAAGUUGCAGAUGAAUUUUACGUGCACUAAGUUGGAAAUUAUUGCCCUCUGCGUGACGCGCUCUGUGCGCGUGUUAUUCCUUGGAAUAUUCCUCCAGCUACUUAGAGAGAUACGGGUCCACUAGCUGAUCCUUUUAAAAAUGAAAACGACAAAGAAACCAACAAAAUCACAUUUCCAAUAAAACUCGCCAGCAUGUCAUGGCCAUAGGCGACAAAACUCAAUUAAGCCUCGAAGCCUACCAUAUCGAAAGAAUAGCCUAUUUAAUUACCCCAUGAUCUAGGAUGUUUUGUAAAGAUGAAACAUUCUUAUCCCCGCUGGUCUUUUUGUGACAUGUUUUAAGUAUUGUGUGUGCUUACUACUGGAAUGGGUUUCUUAAAUGUUUGAUCUGACA